AUGCCAAGAAUCAAAAAAGGUAGUAAGGUUAAACCCAAUGAUCCUCAACAAGCUCAAAUCGAAGAGGAAAUAGCAGUUUAUAAUAAUCUCGUAGCUCGCCGUGACGCUCUAACCAAUCAAAUAAACAGAUUCCAAAUCUUUUCAGUAACUAAAUGCACUGUUUUAGAUAACCCUGUUUUGGAAAUUGAUUUAAAAGCCCGCUUAUGCAGAAUCGAAGCUAUGCUUGACGAUUUUGAGAAUAGCCAACAAGAAAUCGAGCAAAUGUGUCAAAAUAAUAAUUUUAAAGAAGCAGACGAGCAAAAACAAGAAUGCGAAGAUUUUGAAAAUUUAUACUAUAGCAACAUUUCCAAUGCUAAAUUAAUUCUGGAACAAAUAAAUGCUUUGCAUGUGGGACCCCAACUGUUCAAACUGGUUUAG